AUGGCAGCUGGCUCUGUAUCAGUUCCUCAGGUCAUACCUCUUCGAGUCCCUCUUCCGGGGAAGACUAAACAUGAAAUAGACACAAAUACUCUCAUAGAAAUAAAAUCAGAUGGAAGUAAACCAGAACUCGUAAGGAAACCUGGCUAUGGAGAGCAUCACACUUUUAAGUAUGAAGGUCCUAUCAUAUUACCAGUUGGGAAAAUAAUUGUCAGGGCACUGGCAGUCACAAAGGACUGCAGGGAGAGUACAGUUGUAACAAAGGUGUUUCUGGUGGAGUACAAGCAACCAAACAUCCUCUUCUCUGUUGAAGACAACGACACGAAUUUCCCAAAAGAUAUCGCCACACAGGAGAGGGAAGGUGGGACGUUUACUGCAAAACCAAAGAAGAAUGCAUUGAAUGUGGGAAUCAAGCCUGCCUGGAGUGAAGCACCCCAAGAUUUUCAAGACUUGGAAGCAGACAGAAAGACUGCUCGCAGGUCCCUGCAAGGAUCACAACUCCUUGCCAGUCAUUUGGAAACAACGGAGUACAGGGAGGAAUCCAUCUCAGCACUACCAACAGAGUCACUACAGUUUCCUGGUUCUUCUGCAGUGACUAGCCGGAAGAGCUUAGCAAGCACACAGGUGGCAAGGAUCCAGAGGGAAACAGAUUUCCUCAAAUGUGCCCACUGUUCUGCACCUCGCCUGUGUGACCCACUGGCUCACUUCUGUCAGGAGUGUGGCUUUCCUGUCCCACCUGUGCCAGUAUGUCGCUUCCCACCCCCUGAAGGAGAGCAGAUGGCACCAUGCCUUGAAUGCAGACACCUUGUGCCAAUGAAUACGCCCACUUGCAUUGUAUGUGAGUCGCCAAUCGCUCCACAGCUGCAGCCCCGAACCAACAACUGCGUAAAGGGUAAAGUAAUUUGUCAGGCAUGUGGCACAGGAAAUCCUCUUCACCAUAAACACUGUGUGACGUGUGAAAGCAAACUGCCUGAAAUACAGACGCCGAUAUUUGGAGGAGACAUACCCCCACCUUAUCCCAGCCAGGAAAGGAAGAUGGUUUCAUGCUCAAAAUGCAAUCGCGUCAACCAGUGUGAUGCUCGUUUCUGUGACUGGUGUGGAGCCAAGCCUGGACCUCCUCCAUCCUACUUCAGUUGUUUCAAGUGUGGUGCAAGCAACCGUCCCUACGCUCGCUUCUGUGGGUCCUGUGGUGCUUUCAUAGAGCCCCCAUCAAGGGUGGGUUCUCAGAGUGGCAGUCUCACGGAUGCUGGGGACUCGCUGGCAUUUUCUGAGGCUAAACAAUUUCAGCCUCUUCCUACUUCCUUGCCGAAAUCAAGGGCAGAACUGAAAGAGAGAGAAGAUAAAGGAACCCAAACCAUUGGACUUUUUUACCCAUCUAGCAAACUGUUGGAAAAGAAGGAGCUUGAGCUGAUUUCUCAGAAAGAAAAGCUGGAAAAGAUGAGCGAUCAUAAGCCUCUCCUGACAGCCAUUAGUCCUGGAAAAGGUUAG